UAAAAAGACUUUGACGCUCGUAUAUAUAAAUACCCCUUCACUGAUUAACCAAAACAUCAUUAACUAAUCACUCCCCAAUUAGUAAAUUAAUCACUGAAACAGAGAUGGCUACCGUAACAGAUUUAAUCUCCACCGUCCAUCAGGACAUCAUAGAGUCUCACAUCUUGACACGUCUCGACGGCGCAACCUUAGCCUCCGUCUCGUGCGUCUCCUCGCAUCUUCACCAUCUCGCUUCCAACGAGAUCCUAUGGUCCAAAAUCUGCCGAUCCACGUGGCCUUCUUGCUCCGACGGCGGUUCUCGUUCUUUUUUCUCCGACGCGUAUUCUAUGGUGGAAAUGGAAACAACCACCGCCGCCGGUUCAGUCUCUGAUCUCGACCGUCCGUUUCCGGAACUGAUCUCCGCCGUUGAUCUUCGCUACAGAGGGGAAUUGAUUCUCAGCAGAGUCGUGAAGACGGAGACCACGACGGCGUGGUUUCAGAGCUCGCCGCUGAGAAUCGAUCUGGUGGACGCGAAGGAUACGGUUGCGACGCCGAUUAAACGAAGGACGAGGACGGAAGACACGUGUCGUGAUCUGGAGAAGGAUCUGACUUUAAGCUGGAUCGUGAUUGAUCCAAUCGGGAAACGAGCGGCGAAUUUGUCGAGUCACCGGCCGGUGUCGGUGCAGAGGAACUGGAUAAGCGGAGAAGUGGAGGCGCAGUUCGCGACGGUGGUGGAUACGGUAGAGUGUGUGAUCACGGUGGUCACGUGCGGCGAGGAGGAGCUGCACGUGAGGGAGGUGAGUCUCAAGGCGGAGAAGAUGGAGGGAACGCAUUUGAACGGUAGGGAUAGUUUGGUAAUUCUGAAGAGGGUAAUGGAGGGCAAAAGGGUAAAUGGAAGACAUAGAGAAGUAGAAUCGAAGAGGAGACACGAAGAGUUUAUGGAGAAGAAGAGAGAGAUGAAGGAGAAGAAGAUGAGGGUAGAAUCGGUAUUUGACAUUUUGACUGUAUCUUUUGGGAUUUUAGGCUUUGUGUCUCUUGUUGUGUUUUGUCUUCGGAGAACCUCUACAUGAAUCGGAAGCUUCUAAUAAAUUGACCCAAGAGACAAUUUUUUUAAAAAAAACAUAAAAAACAACUUCUUCAAUUACAUUUUCACACAAUAAUACCAAUUCUCAUGUUACACAAAGCACAAAGCCACAACACAUAUACAAGAAGAACCACUAGUUCCGUACAUUACGGUCUU